CCCAGCGAGAGAGAGACUCAGAGGAGCCAGCGGUGCCUUUGGCCCAGACACCGCCUCCCCUGCAGCCCGCGGCAUCAUGGAGCCCCCGGGCCCGGGCCGGGCCUCCCGCCCCCGCCCCCUCCCCGGCCCCGGCCCCGGCCGGGCCCCGCGUCUCCUGCUCCUGGCGCUGCUGCUCCGGGGAGCCCCAGGUGCCCAGGCUGAGAUUCGAGUAUCAGUACCCUCCCUGGUGGAAGUCAUGAAAGGGGAGUCAGUGACCCUGAACUGCUCCAUUUCUGGGCCUGGAAGCAAAGAAGACUUAACUCUGGAGUGGUUUGUUAUAGAACGCUUGGGCAAUAGGUCUCCGCUGAUCUCUGCUGAAGGCAGAAAAGGAGCUCUGAAGAGAAAGGGGGACCCUGUUCCAAAGCCCAGCAGUCCCUUUCAACUGUACCCCAACGGGUCCCUGCAACUGCUGUCAGCUGAGAUAGGGGAUGAGCGGAGCUACAUGUGUCAAGUCCUCACUGCGACAGCAGGAAAGGGGCAGGCCACCGGCCGCCUUCGAGUCUUUGUGGCCCCUGAGCGCCCUGAGGUCACACCCAACAAGGGAACAAUUUCAGUGGUUGAUGAGAAAAUUCAUGAGAUAGCCACCUGUACCAGCCGAAAUGCCAAUCCCACCCCCAAUAUCACUUGGUAUCGGAAUGGGGAGGUGCUGAACAUUCCCACGGAACUGAACGGGGAAAUAUACGCCGUGAGUCGCACUGUCCGAGAGGCCUCAGGCCUCCAGUCCCUCACCAGCACCCUCUACUUCCGGCCCAAGAAGUCCGACCGCGAUGUCGCCUUUCACUGCAGGGCCACCUACCACCUGCCCAAUGGCCAGCAGGGCCAACAAGAUGCUGCACCCUUCUAUCUCACGCUGCACUACCCUACAGAGAAUGUGCAGUUCUGGGUGGCCAGCCCAGCAGCCCCUGGUGGCUGGGUCCGAGAGGGGGACACUGUCAACCUGCUUUGUCAGGGAGAUGGCAACCCGACUCCUGAGUACAUCUUUACCCUGAAGCAGGGAAAGAAGGAAGAAAAAUCACUUGAGACCAACACGAUUGGCAACCUGACCCUCUGGAGAAUCUACCGGAAUCAGAGUGGCCUCUAUCAGUGUGAGGUGCCCGAUUUUGAUGCAGAUCCCGAGGUGGAGUUGACCCAGAAGUUGGAGAUCCAUGUGGGAUACCUGGACCCCCUAGAGCUGAUCCCUGGGGAGAAUGUGACAGUACCCUUGGGGGGCUCCACGGAGUUGGACUGUUUGGCCUCUGGGGACCCGACCCCCGAACUCCUCUGGACUAAGGAUUCCAUCCCCCUGGAGCAGGGCCCCCACCUCACUCUCACCAACGUCUCCUUCACCUCGGCUGGUAUCUACACCUGUGAGGCCUCAGUGCCCAAGGUGCCUGGGCUCACCAGGAACCGGCACCUGCAGCUGUUUGUGCAGGGUAAACCGGAGCUGAAGCCAGAGGAGAUGCAGCCUCAGGGCAAGAGCGGCUGGACAGAAGGGGAUGAAGUGACCCUAACCUGCUCCGCCCGGGGACACCCAACGCCAAAGAUGAGCUGGAAUCACCAAGGGGAACCAGUAAACAGAAUCGUCAGUGGCUGGGUCCAGAGCUCCCUGAAACUGAAGGUGAUGGGGACCGUGGCUAGGGACGGGGUCACCUGCACGGCCUCCAACCCCCUGGGUGAUACCCAGCACAUCUUCCACUUUGAGGCAGUGGCCUCACAGGCUCCCCAGGCGGGCGUGGCGGUGAUGGCAGCCGCCGUGAGCGUGGGGCUGCUGCUCCUGGUUGUGGCCCUCUUCUACUGCAUGCGUCGGAAGGGCCGGUGCUGUCGUAGCCGGGAGAAGGUGCCCCCGCUGCCCCCUGAGCCGGAGAUGAGCCGGCCUGGCAUGGAUCGGCCAGAGCAGACAGGCUUACUGUCCGGGGGAGGUGGAGGAGGAGGGGGCAGCAGCCGAGGAGGCCAUAGCUUUGGGGACGAGUGCUGAGCCUCUGGACUUGGAAGUCUGCUGGGCCCCACCCCCCAGGCUUUCCGCAGACUCCCAGAAAGCUGUUUGCAGGUGGUGGGAGCAGGGGAGUACCCUCAAUCUGGUCCCAGCCACCCCUUCCCCCACCACUUCCUUCCCCUGCCUGAGACUUGGGAUACUGAGUAGGGCCUGGGCUGGCCCGCCCUUCAGAGAUGAGAAUCUCCUUCCCCAGCCCCUGAAAUAUCCCUUGGCUUCUGGCCUGGGGCCUGGCCCUGGGAGGAGGGGGUCAGUGGAGGGAGCUAUUUUUACCAGCCUCUGAGGUCUGUCCUCCCUCCCUUCUACUGUACAGUCUGACACUGGAUCCCUGCCCACCCCCUCACCCUUCCUUCACCUUAGUCAAAAACACUGGAGACUAAAUAAAGACCGUCCAACUGCC